AUGGGCUCGAGCAAGGUUGCCCGGCGCAGAACUCCUGCCUCAGCACCUUGUCCAGAGUGCGGUCGCGCCUUCUCGCGUAACGACAGCUUGAGUCGCCAUCUCAAGACCCAUGUCAAUCACGCAGAAGAGCGGCCGUUCCAUCGAAUCAUCAGCGAAAAGUUCCGUGCCUGCAACCAGUGCCGGAAAUCCAAGAUUCGAUGCACGGGCACCGUGCCGUGCACCCGGUGCGAACAGCUACAAGAACAAUGCUCGUAUGAUCAAAGGCAUCAAGAUAGCAGCAUCUCGUGGGCAAAUAAUCCUACAGCGACGUCUGUCUCGGAAGAGCCUCGAGAAAAUGCUUCAGCUCCCUCGCCUUCUCCGCAACCAUCCGUAGGCGAGCAACAGCCACGAGGUAGAGCGGCCGUUCAGGAAUCGGACAAUGUCUCUCUGGGUGUAGCCAAGACUCCAAAUGAUCAACUACGGUUGCCUGAUUCCUCCCCAGAGAACCCUACAGCAAUGCUUCGUCUUGCUCUGGCGUCGAAUCCCGAGACUCGAGUCAUGGAUUUGGACGAUGGCAAGGACUUCUCCGUCAUCCCGUCAACAUACGUAUCUCCGACCUUUCACAUAUUGGAUCCUUAUAGCUAUAGAUUACCAUCUAUAGCCGACUCCCGCGAGGCACCCACACCCAACAGCCAGGCAUUUGCGCAAUGCAAAUACCCUGUCCUGCACUUUCUAUCGCCAUUCCUGGAUAGGGAUUUUGGGUCUGGUCUAGCUUGCGACCUUCUGGACACCUACUUCUCGAGCGCCUUUCUCAGUCGCAUGCAUCCCACGUGCCACCACAUCCACAACUUCAUCUUGCGCAAAAUCGACGUCCUCGAUCCUUACCAGCCCCGUCAAACCCACCCGGCGCUUCUGGGCAGCAUGCUGUUUGUGGCUGCCUUCAGCGACAAAGCUUUGGGGUUGUUUAGUGGGCCCGAGGAAAAAGAUCGCGUGUGCAAGUAUUUGAGUCUGCUCACGUAUCGAUUGCUUAAUCCCGCCAGGUAUGAACCGUUGUUGAGACAGGAAGACUUGGGCCUGCCUCCCAACUUUGGCACGGAUUCGGGAUGGAGCAAUGAUGACUUACUCCGAGCGGUGGAUAUCCCGAACGACACUUUUCCUGAGUCCUGGGGCAUGGACUACAUCAUCGCUUUUAUUCAUGUCUCGUCGGUGAUCUCGGGAAGUGAAAAGAAGGCGGCAAGCAUCAGAUGGUGGAGUGUGGCUUUCAACCUCGCAAGAGAUUUGAAGUUGAAUGAGGAGGUACAGUCUGCCAUAAUGCCACACAACGCAGAAACUGGGUCAACCAGCUUGAACUGCAAGUGUUCGUUGGGUGAGCAUAAUGAUAGAGACUUCAUUAACGAAGUCCAGCGUGAAGAGCGUCGCCGGACGUGGUGGCUCUUGUUUCUGAUGGACCGACAUCUAGCAUUGUGUUAUAACAGGCCGCUCGCACUGUUGGAAGCCGAAUGCAGAGAUUUACUGCUGCCGCUCGACGAUGUUACCUGGCAAUCGGGUGCGCAGCCGCACAGCCACGGUACUCGUGCUGAAGGGCCUCGAUGCAUGUUAUUACCCCCUGGAACUGGGCGCUCACACGGGGCCCCAAAGAUUUGUUCAGGGGUGGGCCUUUUUGAAUUCUUUUUGCCAUUGAUGGUCCACUGUGGUACACUUCUUGACUGGAACCGGUCGCGCCUACAUCCCGUUCUGUCGGGAGCCUCGAUAUGGAGCUCACAAGAACGUCAAAUCUUACGUGAGCUUGAUCAUUACCAAGCGACCUUAGACCACGUCACGGCGAGCAUAUACGCCGAGAACGACGCCGAGGAAGAUUCCCGAUGGAAGCCAUCUUCCGCCGCGGGAGCAGAAGAAUCUGAAGCAACGCACAUUGCUAAGACUGUGGCUGGGUACGCGAGCCAUAUUGUAAGCGUUUUGAGAAUCUUGGUGGGUUCGAAAUGGGAUCCAGUUUGUCUCUUCGAGGAUGCGGAUUUCUGGACAUCUUCACUGGGCUUCAAAGACUCCAUGUCUCACACAAUGGCGGCUUCUGAAUGCAUUUCCCAGAUAUUGGAAUGUGAUCCCGACAUCAGCUUCAUGCCGUACUUCUUCGGAAUCCAACUCCUGCACGGCAGCCUUCUUCUCCUGCUAGUAGCAUAUCGCCUACAGGCCGAUUCGGGAAAUGCGAUUCUGGCAGCCUGCGAGGCUGUCAUCAGGGCAACGGAAGGAUGUUACGUAACUUUACCUACUGACUAUCAACGACAAUUCAGAAAGUAA